UUCACUCCCUCUAGUCCUUUGACGCUGCUCCCUUGCUCCAUCCCGUCACCGUCUCCUCUCCUCCUGACUAGCUCUCUCUGCUUCAGCUUCGAAACGAGCUUUUCACUAAGUCUCGUUCCUCGGCCGCUUUCAAAUCCUCACUCUGGGAGCUUUGCACGAUAUCUCGGCAGUUAUAGAUUCCUUUGACCUUUGAUUUCUUUCCUUUUUUUUUUUUUCCUUUUUUCGCCUUUUUUGUCCUUGUUCUUUAUUUUUGACUCCGGCUUAUAACGACUUGUCUGCCUCCUCUCUGUCCCAAAGUGCUCUUGAGCCUGUGGCUUGCCAGCCUGCUUCUCGCGCGCCGUAUACCCUUGGGAAAGUAAUCGACACCGCUUUCCAAUGUCGCAGUGCUAGGGGUCUCUCUUAUCUUUCUAAAGACGUCUGCAGAGCUUCGGCUCGUCGUCGAAGUUCUUGAAGCUCGGGACCUGGGAUAGGGUGUAGAAAAGGCUCUCUGCCGUCUACAUCUUCUUCCUCGACCCAGCUCCACCUUCUCUGCACCAUGCCGUCCUUCUACUCUGCUGCCAUGAACAAUGGCUUCCCACCAACUCCUCCCCACGUCCAUCUCGGUAAUCGAAUGGAGGUUGAUCAGGCUUACUAUCCUCCUGGUCACCCAGCCUAUCCUGUGAGAUAUGCAAACGGCUGCGACUGCACCGACCAGUACCCGUCGUCGACGGGGUACUGCCAGCGCCAUCCGCUGUCAACACACCAGCAGUCGUUGCGUUCCGCUCGUGCCAAUCGAGAAAUGAAGGCAACCAACACUAUGCUAUCUCGACAGACCAUGUACCCGUCCAUGAAUGCUGGUUCAAAUCUUCCUCCCCUGAGAUCGAACACGACGCUCCCGCCCAUGGACAGCGCCGUCCCACCUCAGUACAGACGUCGCGAACCAUCGACUCAGUCAGACCAGAGACCCAAGGAGCAAAAGUCAACUGGCGGAGUUGCAGCACAUUUGGAUUACGAUAUGGAUCAAAUGACAGAUUUUGUGGCAGAAAUGGCCCAGGGAAUCGUUUACCCAGGCACGACAGUAUCGCGACAGUUUAGGAAAUACGUCUAUCAGAUUCUUUCGUCGACCCGUUUACCUAGCUCCACUAUCCUUUUAGGCCUGUACUAUCUCUCCUCAAGAAUGCGGAUGCUCUCUACGGGGGAAGUAUAUGCAUCCGGGACCGGAGAAGUUUAUCGCAUGCUCACGAUCGGCUUAUUACUUGGCAGCAAGUUCCUCGAUGAUAACACAUUUCAGAAUCGAUCGUGGUCGGAGGUCAGCAACAUCCCUGUUUCGGACUUAAACUCAAUGGAGUUGGACUGGUUGUUUGCAUUUGAUUGGAAGAUCCAUAAUCGCAUCCACAGUCAGAAUGAUGGAUUUUUGACUUGGAAGGCACACUGGGAUACCUGGCGUGCAAAGUCCGAUGCUCGAGUCUAUCACGAGUCUCGCACGAAGUUGGCUCCGAUUGACACGAGCAUCCAGCGACACAGUUCGAUCCCCAAGCCUCUGCUAUCCCCAGAGGGACCGAUUCCACCACAGUACCAGAGAGGCGGGUGGUUGACGCCAAUGAGCUCGGACUAUUCACCGCCAUCUGCACCUCACACUGGCCCCACCACGCCGGAUUACUACCAAGCCGCCCCAUGGCCAUUUAAUAAUCCGGCUCCAUUUUCACGAACUUGGGUCCUUCCUCAGCAAUUUGUUGCGUCUCGCUCUCAGCCGCCAUCGUAUCGGCCAACCCCAUCUUAUGUUCAAGGAUUUUCCCCAACGGCAUGGACUGGCCAUGGCAGUGCGUGUGGUUGUUUGUACUGUGCCAAGAGCCAGGAGCAUUAUCUCCCAGCAAUGCCGUUUGGUGUCCAGCCGGUGGCAGGAUGAGUUUCACUUCUCCAGACCGUUCCUAAUUUGUUCAAAGUACACCUGUUUAAUGACGCGCGAAAUUCAAAUGCGACGACUUAAUGCAUCGAUUAUAGCGAAGCGAACCUUCCUCUUACGUGCGUUUCUUGAGUGUCUCAAGAGGACCCAAAAAAAAUCGUCUACAAAAAUUGUUUGGUGUCGGAAAAAAGUCUUUCUGCAAGCCCAUGGAUCCCACGAGAAUUUGGAACUCGUCCAGCAUGUGGCUUCUUUUCUUCUAUACUCAUUCUCACGAGCGGAAAUUCGCCUUUCGUGUGUGUUCAUUUGAUUUUUCCCGAUUUGCAUUUCAUCGUUUUCGCUCCUUUGUUGCUUUGAUCUUUUUUUAUUCUUCCAAGCUGGGGAUGAUCUCACGUCUACUACUUUCCGUAUUCAAGUGUUCGAGGAUGACUUUAUGAUUUUAUUGCUUCUUUCUAUGCUUUUCUAUUUUCUCUCGCUAUUUCUCUUCUCCCCCUUUUUUUGACCCAGCAAAUUCCCUUUUGGCAUUUUCCUGGAGGCGCAUUUUCCCCGGUAUAGAACAACUUCAUUUUCACUUUUUUUGACUGGUUGAAACUUACAUCGAAGUCUUCCUGGCGUUUCAGUGUUCUUUUUUAUCCCCUUUAAUUGAUGUUUGCACUGCGACCUUUUUGGCCGGCUUCUAAGUGUCUCUUUGUUCCAUAGGUUGUUAACAGUUGAGCCUGUUUGCUUGUCACUGCGUCUUGUCUUGUUGCAGAUUUGCUGCAAGAACCAGUGCUAGUUUGAGCUCUUUGAACAAGAUGCCCUUUGAGACAGUUGUCGGCCUAACUUACCCCUUCUUUUUUUUGUGGCAUAUAUCUCCCUUUGUUUUGCCUUGUUUCUUCCUCUUUAUUAUUAUCCCGGAUCUUUCCCGCCAUUCUGUGUGAUUCCGCUUCCAUCUCUACCAAAAAUACUCGAAAAAAUGCUGCCGUCGGAUUUUCGGCCGAUCUUUCUAUUGUUGAUUUUUUUUACCACUAAUCCCACAUUUCGUCAGAUUCUUAUUGAAUUCGCUUCACUGUUUUGAAAAAAUGACUAGUUUGGUUUGGUUGAGGAAUGAGAUACCCUCAAUUGUGUUUUACGGUCCCAUGUUUGAAAGGUGGGAAUGUUUCCAGUCUUUUUGCUUUUGUUUUAAACUUGCGAGAGUUUCAAUAAGAAGAUGAUUUUCAGGGAGGAUGAAUUAUGCUUUGUGUUUAUUUGAGAGGGAAAAUUUAGUGUUGUGCGAUUAACAUGUCUGACUUGCUUCAGUUGAGAGAGUUGUCUGUCUUUCUUCAGUUUUAUAUCCUUCUUAUGCGCUGGGGUGUUCUACAUAUGCAAAAUUAGCUGAGAGUACAGAGUAGUUGUGGACAGAUGAAAAAUUGAAAAAAUCUUGGUGAGGGUUGGAUGAGUCUUUUUUUUCGUUGCAACAUAUUCCCUUUCCUAUUUUCCUAUUCCAAAAUCAUAUCAUGGAGGGAGGACCGGGCCAUCCUACAGGAUUUUGGAAAACGCUAAACAUGUAUUUUUAAAUCAAACAUAUUUUCUCGGAUAGUAUGGACUGGAUUAUAGAUUAGCUAUAUACAUGCUACAUAUCUUUUGAUCAGCCAAGAGAGGUUUAUUUGUU